GGCAUCUGACCCCCCGUUCCGCGUGUAAUUUUUCUGCUAUUUUUUCGAGGUGCGGGUGCUUCAAAGUGGCUCCGGCGAACUUGGUCCCCCGCCAUUAAACCUGUCUGGUCGUCUUCUGCGCACUGCGAAGCGUGAGGUGUCCCACGCUAUAAUUAUCUGGCACACCAGACGGCCUUUUUUUUUGCGGCGUCCCCCUCCAAGCCCGGCCAAGUGUGUCUCGCAGCUUCCCCCCUCGACCUAUUCCUGUUCCACGUCCAAGCUCCAACCACCACACAGCUUCUUCCAAGCACUUGGCGCCUGCCUCGUCUCGCCUGGAACUUCAUGAUCUUUUCCUCUCUCACUCUCCCUCCCUCCCCCAUCUUCUCUGCCUUACAUUCCUAUUCCCUCUCCCUCCCUGGUUCCGCACACGGCCGGCUAGCUCGUACCAUCAUCCCUUGAACAUCUUACCUUCAGCUCCGUAGAGUAUCCCCUCUACGCCAAAUCUCGACCGACGGACCUUUAGACCCUGAAUACGGUCACCUCCGCCCUCCUCCGCCUCCCUCCCCCCAUUGACUCCGAGGCUUCGACAACCUACGAACAUCACCACCACAGCUACUCUCCGCCGCAGCCAUGGCUCCCACGGCUGCCAAGAAGAAGAUUGCCAUCAUGACCUCGGGAGGUGACUCCCCAGGCAUGAACGGCGUGGUCCGCGCCGUAGUCCGAACCGCACUUCAUAUGGGAUGCGAACCCUACUGCAUCUACGACGGAUACGAAGGCUUGGUAGUAGGCGGAGACCAGAUCAAAAAGGCGGAAUGGGGUGAUGUGCGCAACUAUCUUGGCCAGGGCGGUACUCUGAUUGGAACCCGCCGCUGCAUGGCCUUUUACGAACGACCCGGUCGUUUGACUGCUGCCAAGAACAUGAUUCUCAACGGAAUUGAUGCCUUGAUUAUUUGCGGUGGUGACGGUUCCCUCACUGGUGCUGACAAGUUCCGCGCCGAAUGGCCUUCUUUGAUUGAGGAACUCGUCUCCUCCGGCCAGCUCAAAAAGGAGCAGGUUGACCCCUACAGACACCUCAACAUUGUUGGUUUGGUCGGAUCCAUCGACAAUGACAUGUCAGGCACCGAUGCCACCAUUGGAUGUUACUCUGCCCUCGAGCGCAUCUGCGAAAUGGUCGACUACAUUGAAGCCACGGCCUCGUCCCACUCGAGAGCUUUCGUUAUCGAGGUCAUGGGCCGCCAUUGCGGCUGGCUGGCUCUCAUGGCCGGCGUUGCGACAGGUGCCGACUUUAUCUUCAUCCCUGAAAAGCCUAGGGAGGAGAACUGGGAGGAAGAAAUGUGUGAUAUUGUGAAGAGACACCGAAGCUUUGGAAAGCGCAAGACCAUCGUCAUCAUUGCGGAGGGCGCCAACGACAGCAACGGCAAGAAGAUCACAUCCGAAAUGGUCAAGGACCUGCUCGCAGACAAGAACGGGCUUGCUCUGGACACCCGCAUCACAACCCUCGGUCACGUUCAGCGUGGCGGUACGGCCGUCGCCUACGACAGAAUGCUGGCUACCCUCCAGGGUGUAGAGGCCGUUAAGGCCGUUCUGGAGGCCACCCCCGAGACCGAGACCUGCUUCAUCGCCAUCAACGAAAACCAAAUCUGCCGCAAGCCACUGAUGCAGGCUGUCAAGGAUACCAAGGAGGUUGCAAAGGCGGUUGACGAGAAGCAGUUCGAAAAGGCAAUGGGCCUCCGUGACACUGAGUUUGCCGAGAUGUUCAGCUCUUACAUGAUGACCACAAACGUCAGAGUGGAUGACCACCAUCUGCCGGAGAAGGAGAGAAUGAAGAUUGGCUUCAUCAAUGUUGGCGCACCUGCUGGUGGUAUGAACGCUGCUGUGCGCGCUGGUGUUGCUUACUGUCUUUCGCGCGGCCAUGAACCCGUCGCCAUUCACAAUGGCUUUGCCGGAUUCGCUAGGCAUCAUGGCGAUAAGCCCGUCGGUGCCGUGCGACCUUUCGACUGGCUUGAGGUUGACAGCUGGGCCAGCAAGGGAGGAUCGGAAAUCGGUACCAACCGAGAACUUCCCGCAGAGUCGGGCAUGGAGCUCAUUGCCAAUCUGAUUGAAAAGUACGAGUUUGAUGGCUUGUUCCUCGUCGGUGGCUUCGAGGCCUACCACGCCGUUUCGCAACUGCGCAAGGCCAGAGAGCUCUACCCCUCUCUGUGCAUUCCCAUGGUUCUCCUGCCAGCUACGAUUUCCAACAACGUUCCUGGAUCAGAAUAUUCUCUUGGUUCCGAUACUUGCUUGAACGAACUUGUGCAGUACUGCGACAAGAUCAAGCAGUCCGCUUCCGCCACGCGUCGUCGUGUGUUUGUUGUUGAGACACAAGGUGGCAAGUCUGGAUACAUCGCGACUCUUGCCGGUCUCAGCGUCGGCGCGAGCGCUGUUUACACGCCAGAGGAGGGCAUGGACCUCGAGAUGCUGGCCGCUGACGUUCGCCAUCUCCGUGAGAUUUUCUCCAAGGAUAAGGGCCAGUCGUCAUCUGGACGCUUGAUCCUCAUCAACGAGAAGGCUGACGAUGUGUUCAACGCCAAGCUCAUCGCAGACAUCAUCCGCAAGGAGGCACGCGGCCGAUUCGAAUCUCGCGACAGUAUCCCCGGACACGUCCAGCAGGGUGGCGUUCCUUCGCCCAUGGACAGAUGUCGUGCCGUUAGACUAGCGAUCAAGUGCAUGCAGCACCUCGAGGAGUUCCGUCCCAAGUCGCAUAACAGGUGUAAGAGGGACCCCAUGAGCGCCUCUGUCAUUGGCAUCAAGGGUGCCAGCGUCACAUUUACGCCCAUUUGGGAUCUCGAGGACCACGAGACGGACUGGAAGAACCGUCGGCCCAAGAACGUUCACUGGGCGCACAUGGGCGAUGUGGUCAACAUGCUGUCCGGCAGACCUUCCCACCAUACACCGGAGAAGCCAAUCACCGGCCUCAAGGCAAAGGACGUCAAGAGAGGCCUCGACGAUUGAGAGUCGCCGCAAGAGGCAAUUGGCAAGGUGCAAGCGAACAAGCGCUACUUUAAUACGAGGAGAAAAACUUAAAUGCAAUGGGAAAGGAAAGGGUGCUACUUGAUUCAAGCUGGGGAGAUGUGGCGCGUCGGGGUUUGGCUUUGAUUAUUACCUAGGGAAACUUGAUGAAAUGCAUUUUCUAUUAGACUAGACGAUAUCGCUUCACUCUCCCCGCACUGCAUGGCCCGUGAGACUGGCUGGCGUGGGAUUUUGAACUUUUCCGUCUUCAAAGUGACCCGGUUGUCAGGCCCUCUCGACCUUGUAACCUUGCUACCGU